AGAACCAAGCACACCAUGGACCUCUUUGGAAAGGUGGAGGCUGAUGUAGAAAUCACUGCUUCAGCUUCUAAGUUUCAUCAAAUAUUUCACCACAGGCCUCAUCAUAUUUCCAAUUUCUCUAGGGGCAUAAUACAUGGCGUUGAUCUACUCGAAGGCGAAUGGGGCAAAGUCGGGUCCAUCGUCAUUUGGAGAUAUUCACAUGAUGGGAAGGUUGUGGCAAGCAAAGAGAUAAUUGAAGCCGUUGAUGAAGAGAACAACUCUAUCACUUUCACAGCCAUUGAAGGAUGCCUUUUGCAGCAAUAUAAGAGCUUCAAGUUGAAGCUUCAAUGUAUCCCAAAGGAGAAGGGAAGCGUUGUUCAUUGGACUUUAGAAUAUGAAAAAUUGCACGAUGGGAUUCCAGACUCCCAUGGCUUGCUUCAAUUAUGUGUUGCUAUGUCCAAAGACAUUGAUGCUUACCUUAUGGAAGACAAUGAAGUGGCAUGACCACCACGUUUCUCCACGCUACGAUGGUACAUAAAUAAAUCAUGUUUUACUAUGUUGUCGAUUAUAGCUAUGUUUUGCUUCGAUGUUUGGUUGUGUUUUAUGGUAAUGAUAUUGUCGUUUUAUUUAUAAAUAUUUUCAUAUAAGGAUAAGAUUUGAACUGAAA